UCUUUCCCUUUCUCUGUUCUGAAUAAUUUGAUCAAAGAUAAAAUUGAAAAGACUGUGCAGUGAAGAAGGUGAAAAGCGCAGAAGCAGCCAUGGGAAGAAGAGAUAGCUCAAAGUUAAACAUAGCGAUUAUUCACCCUGAUCUUGGAAUAGGUGGAGCGGAAAGAUUAAUAGUUGAUGCUGCUGUGGAAAUCUCAUCUAAUGGUCAUAAUGUUCAUAUAUUUACGUCACACCAUGACAAAACACAUUGUUUUGAGGAGACCGUAUCUGGUACCUUUCCAGUCACAGUAUAUGGUGCUUUCCUACCUCGGCAUAUUUUUUACCGUCUCCAUGCAGUAUGCGCAUAUUUGCGGUGUAUUUUUGUUGCUCUUUGUGUUUUGUUUAUGUAUCCUUCUUUCGACAUUAUACUUGCGGAUCAGGUCUCUGUCAUCAUUCCUCUAAUGAAGUUGAAAAAGUCAUCAAAGGUUGUAUUCUAUUGCCAUUUCCCGGACUUGUUGCUAGCUCAACACACUACUAUCCUUAGGAGAAUUUAUCGGAAACCUAUAGACUUUUUGGAAGAAAUGACAACAGGUAUGGCUGAUCUAAUUCUCGUAAACAGCAAAUUUACUGCAUCAACUUUCACAAAGACUUUCAAACAUUUAAAUUCACGAGGGAUUAGACCAGCCGUGCUUUAUCCAGCUGUCAAUGUGGAUCAGUUUGACGAACCUAAUGCUACUAAGUUGAAUUUUCUGUCCAUCAAUCGUUUUGAGCGGAAAAAGAAUAUAGAGCUAGCUAUAUCUGCCUUUGCUAUGCUCUACAACAGCCAACAGGAUUUCCUUCAAGGUGACAAAAAAGACGAGCUUUCCUUGAUUGUUGCAGGUGGCUUUGAUAAACGGCUCAGAGAGAAUGUUGAGUAUUUGGAGGAACUGAAAAACUUAGCAGAACGAGAGGGAGUGUCUCGUCGGGUCCAAUUCAUCACAUCUUGCCCCACAUCCGAAAGAAACACUCUUCUUUUACAAUGCCUUUGUGUGGUAUACACACCCAAGGAUGAGCAUUUUGGCAUCGUCCCUAUAGAAGCGAUGGCAGCCCACAAGCCUGUAAUUGCGUGCAACAGUGGGGGUCCAGUCGAGACUAUAAAGAAUGGAGUGACAGGCUACCUCUGUGACCCCAGCCCUCAUGACUUCUCCAUGGCCAUGGCUAACUUUAUCCGGGAUCCUCAGUUGUCAAGAACCAUGGGAAGAGAAGCCCGACAACAUGUGAUGCAGUCAUUUUCAACCAAGAUAUUUGGGCAGCAUCUGAAUGCAUACAUCAGUGAUACAGCUCGGAUAAAGAGGGACUGAAAAAGUUCAGACACUAAAAAUGGCGUGGUUGCACACUUGAUAAUCUCCCAUAAACAUAUUCCUGGUUUGCCCCUUGGUUAAAACCAUGAAGUUUGCAUCCUUCUAACAAACUGAUAUAAUCUUAGGGCUUCAAGAGCCAAGGAUUCUGUACUUCAAAAUUGAGUAGUAAGUCAUUUGAAGAAGGCAUGGAAAAUGAAGAUUAUGUGAAGUGAUAUUCAUGGUUAUAGGAGCAGUUUUAUGCUUUUCUUAGCAUAACUCUGAAUAUGAUUCUGUUGACCUUGGGCAUUGAAAUGCUGUUAUCAUCUGACUUUAGUUUGUAGCUCUAAAGGAGGAAGGGGAACAUACUUCUUUGCUGAUUUAUUGAUAUGUUAUGGGGACAAGGUUGUUGCCUCAUCGUCAGUCUUCUUUGCCAAAGGACUAUGUGGACUUGAACAGUUGAACUGAUAUAUCUGUACUUUUAGCCUCA